GGGUCCUGAGGCGUAAACAAGGGUCACGUGGUCCGGAAGUCGUUGUCAAUGGCGGAGCGGAGGGAAGGAUGAUGCGGCAGGAAUCCAGCGAUGAUGCGGAGGACGUUUCGCUUUUUGAUGCUGAUGAUGAAGGACAGAGAAAGUCCAAAAAGAAGAGGAUCCGGCAUCCAGUGGCUUGCUUCUUCCACCUGUUUUUCCGGAUUAGUGCGAUAGUUGUCUACCUUCUGUGUGAAUUUCUGAGCAAUAGCUUCAUUGCCUGCUUUGUGACAAUAAUAUUGCUUCUAUCAUGUGACUUCUGGACUGUAAAAAAUAUCACUGGUAGAUUACUAGUGGGGUUACGCUGGUGGAACCAGGUUGACAAUGAUGGAAAGAGUCACUGGGUCUUUGAGGCGAAGAAGCCUUCAAGUAAAGGGAAGAGAGUUUCUUCUGAAGCUGAAUCCAAAAUCUUCUGGUUAGGAUUAAUCAUCUGCCCCAUUCUGUGGGUCAUUUUUGUCUUCAGCACUUUCUUUUCCUUUAAGUUGAAAUGGUUGGCUGUGGUUAUCAUGGGUGUUACGCUUCAAGGAUCAAAUCUCUAUGGUUACAUAAAGUGUAAAAUAGGAAGUGGGAAAAAUCUAACUAGCAUGGCUACCUCCUAUCUGGGCCGCCAGUUUUUCAAGACGGCCAUGAAGAAAGAAAACCCAGAAUCUUAAAAGAAACAUGGAGUUUUGGAAAACCAGCUUGAUGUGUCUUUUGUAUUGUGAAUUUUGGAACUCCUUUUGAAGACUUGCCUUUUCUCAUGUUUUCCCUCUUUAAUAUUCAUUUUGGGAAAAUACAAAGAUCAGAUAAAACUGCAGUCAUCUUACAAUUUGUAGCUUUUCUUCCUUUCUGUUAAUUAUGAAUCGGAAGCUACUGUUGUCUGUCCUAACUCAAACUGAUUUAAUUGUGCUCACGUCUGAAAUGAGCAAAAUUUAAUUUUAGAAUAAUUCUGAUUUUGUUUCUCUUGGUUAAUAAAGCAUAUCCGGGGGGAAGAUUGGAUGAAAGGAGGUGACAUCUUAAUGUUCCUUGGGGUGGGGGAAAACUAGCUUAAGUUUUAAACUUUUAUAAUAAGCAUCACAAUGAUAUUUUCAUGAAGGAAAUUUUGUUUAGAAAAUGUGCUUUCUAAUAACAUGUCAGUCUAAAGAGAUCUGUGAGCAUUUGAGCUCUUUAGGGAGAAUGUAUAUACUUAAAUAAAGAAUAUCCUUUAUACAUACAUAAAACAGACAGAGGAAAGCAGUUUCCAAUUUAUAAAUCAUGGCAAUAAGUUCAUGUUUAAAUGCAAGACAUGUAAUACACCACAGUAAAUGGAAAAUAUUUGCUUUUAUACAGAUGUAAUGAUGGAAAAAUUAAAACAAUUUAAAUAUUUUUGACUGCAAUUGAAGCUAUUAGAUUUAGCUGGGAAAUGGCCCUCUCAAAGGGCAUGCAAUGGAGUUUCAGCUGAUGUCCAGCCUAAAGAUGAGUACCAGAUAGUGUAAAUCUGACACAAAAAUAAAGUACUGCAGAUGUUGGAAGCCUGGAAGUACUCAGCAGGACAGGUACCAUCUGAGGAGCAAGAUAGAGUCAAGGUUUUGGCUUGGCAUGACCAUUCAUUAGCCAAGUUUAUAGCAAGGGAAUUUCAGGAUGAAAUUCUGGAAGAGUCAGAGGCCAAGCCAGUCCCUGUCCUUCAACACCAUCUUCAUGGCUGAAUCUAUCAUGGUGAACAAUUUCUCCAUCAACUCCAUGCACUUCCUCCAAAUAAGGCAUUACUGUGGGAACCCGCGUGCCUCUUGGUUUGUCUGCCUUUUUACAGAAUGUGUGGGAUAUUCCAUAAGUCCUAUUCAAGCUUCCUCCCUCACUUCUUUCUCCAGUAGAUUUGUGACAGAAUUUAUUUUGCCUCCUGUUCUUGUGAUGAGCUGAGCAAUUUUACUGAUUUUCCUAAUUCUAUCCUUCCUGAACUUUCUUCUGUCUCCAUUUCUGGAUAUUAGUUGAUAACUUAUCUUCACAGUGACCAUGGACCUGACUGCAUUUCUACUUUUGAUUUGUUUCCUCACAUUCCACUUCCUAUAAGGAUUUCUCACCCUCCCAAUGGACUGAGGUUAUCAAAAAUACUGACAGGACUAUAUUCAAUCUAUUCUGUGCACUUCCUUUCUCAUCCUUUCCUCUCUGUCCCAGAAGCCAUAAAAGUAAAAGAAAAGGCUGAGAGAUAGUCGACAUGACUUUGCAGCUGCAAUAGAAAUGUGAUUGUAUAUUAUUGAAAGGGAAUAGGAUAGAGGGCAUGAGAGAUUAGAAACAAAGUCAUGGAACAAAUGGUAAAGGUAGUGUUAAUGGUUGCAGUAAAGAGGCAAAGCAAUCAACCAGUGUCAGUUAAUGGCAGAAUGGUAGACAGCUCUGAGAAAAAACCUACAUGUAAGAUUCCAGAGCAGAAGGAACAAAUUUGAAAGAAUAAAAGGUUUGUGUUUGGUUCUGUUGCUUCUAAACUGCCACUAUUGAAAUUAACUUUAUAAAGUGUACACUGUUUAAUGGAGUGUGUAUUGAAAGAUGAGGGUUUGUUAUGCAUCAAUGAUGGUUCACAGCACUAAUUUAUGAACGAGGUAGUGAGGCUGGAAGUGGGUCGAACUGUACAAAUAGUUUGUACAUUUAUAGCCUGUUCCUGAACCUUACUGAGCCUACAGCUUAAACAGACUCCCUCAAUCUACCUGAAUGAAGAGAGAUACUAAAAGAGCCCAUUUCACUUCCUGACAUUUAUAUGAGCAGUUUGGACCCAAUGUUAGAAAAGUCAGUUGCAUACUCUUAAGAGCACAAGGCACAUAUAUAUGCUUCUAGCUUAAGGGCAAUUCCUCCUCUCCAACGAAAUCUAUUUCACAAGGGCAUCUGUAGUUUGUACUUUUUCACCGGAAGUGAUUGAACCUCAGUGAGCUAUGCUGUCCUGACAUCAACUCAAACGGAAAAAUGUAUCACCUAAUUUAGUGGUUCUACAUAUGCCAACUGCCCCCAUGAGGCUAUUCUGUAUGAGAGUUUGGACAACAUUAUCUGGCAAUCAGCUCAGCAAGUAGAAGCAGCUGUCAGAUCACCCAUGUAAUUAAAUCUUGACAGGCUCUUGUUCAGUGUUCCCUCUGACUUUUUAAUUCUUCUGUGCUGUCCUGUGAGGUCCAUGCAUGGACGUGAUUUCAGGAAACUGAAGUCAAUCCUGCGACUGACGUCGACUCACUGAUCACUGCAUAGAAAUAUACAGCAGCCUUGCAGAGCAGAGGGAGCUUUACACUCUUUUAUGUAUUGGUAGUGUUCCUACCUCUGAGCUAGGAGGUCCAGCUUCAUGUCCUAUUUGCUACAGAGAUGUGUCAUAACACGUCUGCACAGCUUGUUUAAAAAAUAUCUUUAAUUAAAAUGACACUUCAGUGUUGUAUGAUGGAAGUGCUGUUCUGUGGGAGGUGCUGCCUUUGGCACUGCCUGGUUGAAAAAUAUCCCAUACCAUUACUUGAAAAGAAAUGGCAAAGUCUUCUUCAUCACCUGACCAAAAUGUGAUUUUUUUUCAACCAAUAUGAUCAAAAUGGAUGGCCUUGUUAUUCACUUUGCUGUUUCUUAUAUCUUGCUGUGUCCAUAUAGCCCGUCAGCAAGUCCAAUUCUUAGAAAUAUUUCUUAGCUAUGAAGAAUGCCAUGAUAAUAUUGCUGUACGCAGCUCUGACAAAUUGCCAAGUGUGGACUUUUAAAAAGGCUUAACCCUCUUCCUUUGCAAUGGGCUUCAUGCCUGUUGAAGCAGGCUAGCAAUACUACCAGAAUACAUCUGAGACAAAAUGACAUUGUGCCAUAAAAGAUUAUUUUGUGCUCAUUUUAGACAUAAGCAUCAGAGUUAUUCUGAUUGUCAUUACCUGCCAAUUGUUAGCUGCAUUAAGGAAAAGAAUUUGCCAGUGGGGUGCCAUAAAACGGGCAAUAGUGAUCAGACGCCCAUUUUAACCUUGUCUGAUAUUCUUUUCCAUUAAGAGAAAAGCUGAACAAAUUGAAUGAAAUAAUUAGUUAAAUAUUCAGCUAAAAUGUGGAUUAACUGAUAUUAAAAACUAUUCAUGAUGAUAUUCAUUGUUGUUAAAUAAUCGCUAGACUGUUCUAAUUAAAAGCUCAGUCCACACAGCGACUGCAACAGUGAAGAUUCCAAUUUAAUGAGUCCUGCUUCACUACAAACACUAAAGAAUGUAUUGAACAAAACUAGAAUGCAUCAUUAAUAUUAACAUCAAAGAAUUACAGUGCAGUAUGGUUUUCCUCCUAUUUAUAUUGUAAGGUGAUUGAAAGUAACUGAUGUGAUUACAAGAGGCUGCAAUCAUCUGAAACACCCACUUCUUCGAGAAUUUUUGAAAUGUUGUUAACUCUCACACAUAUCUGAAAAAUUGAGCAAUCAAAUGUCUUGUCGUGAGCCUGGUAUAAUCCUUGUUCUUGUGUGGUGAUGUAUAUUGUGUACAGGGUUCCUGAUUCUGCAUUGAGCACAUGACUCCAACCACACUGUUAUAGUCUUUUAAUGUGAAUUGGCUUUCAACACCUAAUGUAUCACCAGGAAAAACAUGUUAGUAAUUACAGAUAAAAUUGUACAUGGCUGA